CCGGCCCCCCCUCGCCCGCCCCCCGCUGCCCCCCGACCGCCGGAACCCGCAGCCGGAGCCAGUCAGCCCGGCCGCCGAGGUUCCUGCUGAAGACCAGCUGGGUACUGUCUUAGACCCUCCCCAUCACCAUGCACUCCUUGGACGAGCCGCUUGACCUAAAGCUGAGUAUCACCAAGCUCCGGGCGGCGAGAGAGAAGCGGGAAAGGACACUGGGUGUGGCCCGACAUCAUGCUCUGCAUAGGGAGCUGGGCCUGGUGGAUGACAGCCCUACACCUGGCUCCCCAGGCUCCCCCCCUGCAGGCUUCCUGCUGAACCCCAAGUUCCCUGAGAAGGUAGACGGACGCUUUUCCACAGCACCCCUGGUGGACCUCAGCUUGUCACCACCAUCUGGUCUGGACUCCCCCAAUGGCAGUAGCUCCCUGUCUCCUGAGCGCCAGAGCAAUGGGGACCUGCCUCCACUGCCUACUGCUGUGGAUUUCCAGCCACUGCGCUAUUUGGAUGGUGUCCCCAGCUCCUUCCAGUUCUUCUUGCCCCUGGGCUCCGGGGGGGCUCUGCACCUACCUGCUUCCUCCUUCCUCACACCCCCCAAGGACAAGUGCCUCUCACCAGAGCUGCCCCUGGCCAAGCAGCUGGUGUGUCGAUGGGCCAAGUGUAACCAGCUCUUUGAGCUCCUCCAAGACCUGGUUGACCACGUCAAUGACCAUCAUGUCAAGCCGGAACAGGAUGCUCGGUACUGCUGCCAUUGGGAGGGCUGUGCCCGCCAUGGCCGCGGCUUCAAUGCCAGCAGGUACAAGAUGCUCAUCCACAUCCGGACUCAUACCAAUGAGAAGCCACACCGAUGCCCCACCUGUAACAAGAGCUUCUCCCGCCUGGAAAACCUCAAGAUCCACAACCGCUCCCACACAGGUGAGAAGCCCUACGUCUGCCCCUAUGAGGGUUGCAACAAGCGUUACUCCAACUCAAGUGACCGCUUCAAGCACACUCGCACCCACUACGUAGACAAGCCCUACUACUGCAAGAUGCCCGGCUGUCACAAGCGCUACACGGACCCCAGUUCAUUGCGCAAGCACAUCAAAGCCCAUGGCCACUUUGUGUCCCAUGAGCAGCAAGAGCUCCUGCAGCUGCGCCCACCCCCUAACCCACCACUCCCCACCCCCGACAGUGGCUCCUAUGUUAGUGGGGCUCAGAUCAUUAUCCCCAACCCUGCUGCCCUUUUUGGAGGCCCCAGUCUGCCUGGCCUGCCCUUACCCCUGGCCCCUGGCCCCCUUGACCUCAGUGCUCUGGCCUGUGGCAAUGGUGGAGGUGGGAGUGGGGGCAUAGGCCCUGGGCUGCCAGGCUCUGUUUUGCCCCUCAAUCUGGCCAAAAACCCACUGUUGCCCUCACCCUUUGGGGCUGGUGGACUAGGCCUGCCUGUGGUCUCUCUCCUGGGUGGCUCUGCUGGUAGCAAGGCUGAAGGGGAGAAAGGUCGUGGGUCAGUGCCUGCCAGGGUUCUGGGCCUGGAGGACCACAAGACUCCUCUGGAAAGGACGGAGCGCAGCCGCUCCCGGCCAAGCCCUGAUGGACUCCCUUUGCUACCGGGCACUGUACUGGACUUGUCCACGGGCAACUCAGCAGCCAGCAGUCCCGAAGCGCUAACUCCUGGCUGGGUGGUCAUCCCACCAGGGUCUGUGCUGCUAAAACCAGCUGUGGUAAACUGAAUGAAACUGGGCUACCCACCUGCCAGCUUUGACAGCCCAGCCACCUGCGGUGGGCUCAUCCCCGACGAACAGAAACUCUUCUGCGAAAUAGCAAUAAUAUCCUACUGCCCCAGGGCCCAAGGGUCUGCUCCUUGGGAAGCUGCAGCCCCUGACGAGCUGGGUGGCAAGCAUGGUGCUAGAAGGUCUUGGCUGACUUCCUGGCUCCAGAGUGAGGACUUGGCUUGGACCUGCUGUCCACAGAGGGCCCUACUCUUGGGUGCUAAGGCCUCGCUCCAUAUAGUCUGGGUGAGGCCUUCCUCUGAGUUCUGUCCUCACAGAACUCUCAGUCCUGCCUCUUGCUCUGGUGCAGUUCUCUCCAUGACCAGCCUGGCUGGGCAGGUUGCCGUUCUUCCCUGCCUUAUCUACUUGUCAGCUUGGGAGCCCCCAGUGACUACAGGCCCAUGCUUGGGAAUUGCUUAGACCCCUUUCCCUCUGGCCCACUCCAUGGAGGGAGAGCAAGACAGACACAGGCCCUGGCUAAGCCACAGGAAAAAGUUGGCAUCUCCCUGCCUACUGCUAUGACAAGGUGCUUCCCUGCCUGCUUAGCAGAGAAGCCUGCUCUGUCAGUGCCCUCUUCUUCCUGCCAAAAUCAGCACUGCCGGAGGGUUGGCAACACUUUGCCAAGAGGAGGGGCAGCUGACCACUCACCUUCCCCUUGGGAAAGUGCAAGCAGGAUGAAAGGAUCUUUGUACUGGUCUGGUCAAG